AAUCAGAAGAGUUCCAUAUAUGGCACUAUAGUUCUAAAAGCUUGUAGUGUACAUUGAACUUUUCUUUUAACUCACUCAUCCAAUUUUUUGGCGCUACUCCACUUCGCCACCUCACGUGCAGCACUACGCUCCUUGUACAUUUUGGCGCUUGUACGUUUUCUCCCUCGCUGUACUUUCCUACAAGCAUCUUCCUCGAGUUUCCUAUUCCUACGGAUACUUGACGAGUUCCUUAUACAAUCAUUAUCUUGAGGAUGUCGGACUUGAAAGAAGAUGAUCACAGAUUAAAAGCCAGAUUGGACGUGCUAGAAGAAAUGGAGACUGCGUUUGUUGCUGAAAUACAAAGUCUUGAUGAACUUAUUGCUAUUUUCCAACGUGAAUGUCCAGGAGAAUUCCGGAAUAUUGAUGAUCGCCAGUCAGAGAAAUUAAGCGAGAUGAACCGUCUAGCUGAGAAGCUUAACGCUCUCGAAAAUUUGGAGACUGACCUGUUAAAAAGAUUAUGUGCUCGUGAAAAUAAAGUGGACGAAAUUUGUAUGGAUUCUAACAAUAGAGCGUUAAAGGCAGUUAAACUAUUAGAAAAUCAUCUGUCCAGAGUGAAAAAAACUGCACAAAUGAGAACAUCGCGAUUGUGUGGAUGGAUCGAAGGAUUAGAAGAGGACGUUUUUUGUUUACAGAGUUAUAAAGAUGAAUUAGAGCAGAAGUUAAAGGAAUGUCAAUCAACAUUAGAAAACACUCAAGCUCAGUGUGAAACCCUCCAAGUUCAACUCAAUCCCACGAUGUCUCUAGUUUCUGAAGUUGAUAAAGAACGCAAACUUCUCGAACAAAUGGUCGUUAAACAGAGGGAGGAAAUCAGAGAAUUAAGACGACGCUUGGAUAAUAUGCCUGCAAAGCUUACGUCUUUACUUGCUGCAAUACGGGUGGAUUCGUGUCCAAACAAGGAGAUAAUGGAUAUUUUAGAUGAUCAAAUUGAAGAUAUACGUUGGGAAAAUAAAGAAAUUCAUCGAAAAAUAAAAGAUUAUGAAGAAUUAAAGGCGAAGAGGAAAUGCGAGAAAUCGCUGGAAUCUCCUGAAUCGCCAAAGGAUGCUGAAAAGGCCGAGGCUGCUAUUAUGCAUUAUUGUAGGAGUUUAGAUCUUGAUCGAGAAAAAUCCCUCCUAGACACUGAUCUCGUUCAGCAGAGGAUAAUAGAACUUGGCCAUAAGCAACGCAACCUGAAAGGAGAGUUACGUUUCCUGAAGGAAGAAAAUUCGCGUUUGUCGACUCAAGCCACUGAAGUUAAGGCGCAACUUGAUGCUCUUCAGAAAAAGUGAGGCAUCUGGUGACAGAAUUAAGCCUUCAAGAAGUGUUCUUCAUUGCAAAAAUGUACUUUUCAGAAUAUAAACCUUCUAAGGCGAAUAUUUAUUGGUACUUCUUUCUCUUAAAAACUAAGAAAAUUAUUUCCACCCCACGGAGUAUGUGAUAAUGUUUGUUACUGGCCCGAUCACCAGUAAUGCUUUUCUUUCUUUAGAAAUUAUUAUUAUUGUCAUUAUUCGAAUGGUAAACUUACUUGACAAUAAUUACAACAGUAUUCUUCUGACUAUUCUCUAUGCUACUCCCAUUAUGUGUUUAUUGUACAUUUUGUGACACAAUAGAAACUAGAUUUGUAUUCUGUUAGAGUCAUGAUGUAGUGAAUUCGAGGUUGAAUACUGCAGAUGCGGCGCUGAUGUCGUCGUUCAGC